GUAUGAUUAAAAAAAAAUGCGAAUCAAUUGUUUCGGACUCUCAAGGACGUUUUGAAGUCCGAAGAAUUAGCAAUUCACCGUUCGAAAAUGAACAGAGUUGAUCUUUCGGAAACGGAAGUUGCGAGCAGUGUCAAUGAUGUUCGCCCUUUCCAUUUUAAUUUGCGUGCUGAUCAGAAUCGAUGAUUCUGCGUGCAAUCCGAUUCCUUUCGAGAUGGUGGAUCUCACGUAUGUGUUUGACAACACGACUCUCUACUGGCCUGAACAAAAGAAAUUUGAGUUGAAAGUGAUCCUAAAUGGAACGAUGAGUGACGGAUACUGGUUUCAGAUAGAAGAGUAUUUCUCCGGAAUCCAUGUUGGUACUCAUAUGGACGCUCCGUGUCAUUUUGCGAAGGGUCGGUGGUGCGUGGACGAAAUCCCUCUCGAGCGCCUGGUGGUCCCCGCCGCUGUCAUAGAUAUUACCGAAAAAGCCGAAAAAGACCGAGACGCCCUGGUGGAAGUUGAAGACCUUUUGAAGUGGGAGUUUCACACCGGACACACCCUAGACGGCGCAACCAUCAUGGUUCGAUCUGGCUGGAGUAAGAGAUGGCCUGACAGAGAAGCCUACACCGGCACAGCUGACUAUGACCCCAAAAAACUUCAUUUCCCGGGUGUUUCUAAAGAUGCUGCACAGUGGCUUGUAGACAACCGAAAUAUCUACGGUCUAGGAAUCGACACACUCUCUGUGGACAACGGAAUCUCGAAAGACUUCAUGACGCACAGAAUUUUGUACGAUAAAAACAUUUACGGCUUGGAAAAUGUGGCCAAUUUGGACAAGAUUCCUCUCUAUGGUGCGACUAUCAUUGCAAUGCCCAUGAAAGUGGGAAAAGGAAGCGGCGCUCCAGUCAGAUUGGUGGCUACUUUCCCAAGACAUCUUGUCUAUUUUGGGAAGAAAUAAGGAAUUUGGAAGAAAUGAAGGAAUUUCUAUUUUUGGAAGAAAUGAAGUGUUCAUCUUUAUGAUUGCAUUAUUUCAGCUUGUUUGGAAAAAAUAAAUAAAUGAAUUGCAAAAUAUCA